AUGGCAUUGGAAAGCGAUCCUUUGAUUCCGCGAACAGAGUCUCCGCAGCCUAUCGGUGCGAAUAAGCCUCGCGGUCUUGGUCCGAUGGAAAUAUCCAAGUCCACUCGCUAUGGCAUUCUGGCAGGCAUCUGGGCCGGUACUUUCCUAUCUGUGUGUAGUACGACUUUGGUUGCCACCCUGCUGCCAUCUAUUUCUUCCGAGUUCAACAAAGCCCACCAAGCGAGCUGGCUGGGUACUGCGUACCUGCUCGCAACAUGUACCUUCACGCCGCUUUACGGACGCCUCUCGAAUGUCAUGGGCCGCCGAGGAGCAAACCAAACCGCUGUCUUCUUUGCGGCUCUCGGAACGUUGGCUUGUGGAUUGUCAACUAACAUGGAGACACUCAUCGCUGCCAGAUUUCUGGGUGGAUUAGGAGGUGGAGGCAUUUUCACGACAGCAACGAUUGUGACAAGUGACAUGUACAGUCUGAGGAACCGUGGCUUGACGCAAGGAGUCGCGGCAGUCUUCAACAGUAUGGGAAUGGGUCUUGGUGGUCCUCUCGGUGGAUUCAUAGCCGAUCGCUUGGGUUGGCGAUGGGCGUUCCUUCUGCAGAUGCCGCUCUUUGCCAUCUCGUUCGCUUUGACUGCCUGGAACCUGCAUUAUGUGACACCUGGAAGGAGUAAGAGCACGAAGGAAGUACUCAAGAGGAUUGACUACGGUGGAAGUGCGACGCUACUCGUUACGGUCCUUGCUUUCCUCGUCUUCCUCAGCAUGCGCUUUAGCGAGGAGCACCCGUGGUCGUCCCCGGCUGUCUACGCUCCUCUCAUCACUUCCAUCGUCUUUGCGUUGCUUUUCGUUUACGUCGAACUGCGCAUUGCGCCCGAGCCGAUCCUGGCGCCCUUCCUGCUCAAGGAAAAGAUUCCGGUCCUGGUCGGCAUCAGCAACUUCCUCGUCGCAACGUGCAACUUCACCGUUAUGUAUAACUUCCCCACGUGGUUCCAGACGGUCUUACUCACGAGUGCGAGCGAAGCUGGUGCGCAUCUCAUUCCCAAUGGCAUCUCCGUGUCCUGUGGUUCUCUCUUCGCUGGAUGGGUCAUGCAUCGCACGGGGAAGUACAGGAAGCUCAAUCUGAUAUUCGGUAUCUUCCCGUUCGUGGCUGCAAUUCUACUUGCCUUGAUGCACGAGAACUCGUCACCUGCACAAUUGUGGCUCAGUAUCAUACCUCUGGGCUUCGGCAAUGCAGUCGUCCUGCAGACCAUGUUGAUCGCCCUUUUGGCGCAUGUACCCCCGGAUGCUAUGGCCGUCGGCACUGGGUUCGGUCAACUCUUCCGUGGAAUAGGCCAAGUCGGUGGUGUUGCCAUUUCGGCCGCGCUUUUCCAGUCGAUCCUCAAUGUGGAGCUGCACAAGCGCAUCCACACCCCCGACGCUGAAGAGAUGAUCAGCAAGAUCCGCCAUUCCUCGACACUCGUUGCACAGCUGCCGCCCCAUCUGCAGCGCGCCGCCCGCGACUCUUAUGCAAUUAGCUUGCGAGCAGUCUUCAUCUUUGCAGCUAUCGCUACGCUCGCGGCAUACCUCGUUCGCUUGCCGAUUCCUGACAAGAUCCUGGACCAACCUCGCCCUCGCCCUCGCUCCAUCGCCGAGCUUCCGAACCCGAACCCGACUCCUGCGCAGCUCGCAGAGGAACUCUCGGCAUCCCAGGACACGAGCGCGGUAACGACCGAGUCCGACGAGUCCGAUGACGACGAGCCCGUGUCGCCAUUGCUGCCAAAGCGAUCCCACAGGAGGCGCUUGUCGACGUACGAAAGCUCGGAUGGCGGGAUGGACCUCGAGGACGAGGUGAUUGGGGGUUCGGCGAGGCGUUGA